AUGCUAUUCAACGGGAUCACUGGACCUAUUAAGGCCAGGAUCUUUGCGACAACGCUGACUGGUCAAGCAAUGACCUGGAUAACCAGGCUCCCUAGGAACUCCAUCUACUCAUUCGAGGACCUAGCUCGGACUUUCCGACUGAACUUUGCAACAAGCAAAGUGCAUCCGAUGCCAGCCUAUGCUUUGGGAAGAAUCCGGCAGAAGGAGAACGAAUCGCUGAGGAAGUACCUCGACCGGUUCAAAGACGCCGCCCUCAAGGUACGAGGGCUAACUGAAGCAGUACACCUCCACUUAAUCAUUUCGGGAUUGGAUGGCGACUCCCCAUUGGCGAGAUCCAUCUAUAAGAACCCGGUGAAUGAUCUGGAGGAGUUCAAAAGGAGGUCGGACAAAUACAUUGACGUGGAGGACAUGCAAAAGGCUUAUGUCGAGUCACGAGGAUGA